AUGGCCACCGAAGUGCGGCAGGAGCUCGCACAGUUGAUGAAUUCAUUUGGCUCUCACAAAGAUUUAUCGGCCAAAUACAGACAAAUCCUGGAAAAAGCUGUCCAGUUCACAGAUGCAGAUCAACUUGACUCCUUGAAGGCCUUUGUUGAAGCAAUGGUCAAUGAAAAUGUAAGUCUUGUCAUCUCAAGACAGCUGCUCACAGACUUCUGCACGCAUCUACCCAACCUGCCAGACGCUACGGCCAAGGCGGUGUAUCAUUUCACCUUGGAGAAGAUUCAGCCAAGGGUAAUUUCCUUUGAGGAGCAGGUGGCAUCCAUCAGACAACACUUAGCGACUAUUUAUGAAAAGGAGGGCGAUUGGAGGAAUGCCGCCCAGGUUUUAGUUGGCAUUCCUCUGGAAACGGGGCAGAAACAAUAUAAUGUGGACUACAAGUUGGACACCUACCUGAAAAUAGCCCGUCUCUACCUGGAGGAUGAUGACCCAGUGCAGGCUGAGGCCUACAUCAACAGAGCCUCCUUGCUUCAGAAUGAAUCCUCCAAUGAACAGCUGCAGAUACACUAUAAGGUGUGCUACGCCAGAGUCCUCGACUUCAGGAGGAAGUUCAUCGAAGCGGCACAGAGAUACAACGAGCUGUCUUACAAAUCCAUUGUCCACGAGAGCGAGCGUCUCGAGGCGCUCAAGCAUGCGCUCAACUGCACCAUAUUGGCCUCCGCAGGCCAGCAACGUUCCCGAAUGUUGGCCACCCUCUUCAAGGACGAGCGCUGCCAGCAGCUAGCCGCGUACGGAAUCCUGGAGAAGAUGUACCUGGACCGCAUCAUCCGGGGAAACCAGUUGCAGGAAUUUGCCGCCAUGCUCAUGCCUCACCAAAAGGCCACCACGGCAGACGGCUCCAGCAUCUUGGACAGAGCUGUGAUUGAACACAACCUGCUUUCCGCUAGUAAACUCUACAACAACAUCACCUUUGAAGAGCUUGGAGCACUUUUGGAAAUCCCGCCAGCCAAAGCUGAGAAGAUUGCAUCACAGAUGAUCACUGAAGGACGCAUGAACGGCUUCAUCGAUCAGAUCGACGGCAUCGUGCACUUUGAGACACGAGAGCCGCUACCCACGUGGGACAAGCAGAUCCAGUCGCUGUGUUUCCAAGUCAACAACCUCCUGGAAAAGAUCCGACAGGCGGCUCCCGAGUGGGCCGCCCAAGCCAUGGAGACCCAGAUGAGUCAGUAA